AUGAGUAGUGUAGGGAUUUCGUGUAUGGAUCCUACUCUCAAGCUCUGCGCCUUCUUCCUCAUUCUUCUCGGAUUAGGUAACAAUCAUUCCUCCUUUUUGGUGAAUAGUUCUUUAGCCGAAAAUGACUUCGGACAGUGCGAAAGAGUUGUUAAGAGAUGGACGCGUUCUUCGCUGGAUGAGGAAAUGACAAAAGAGGAUAAGCAUACGCUGAGGGAUUUGCUGUUUUUCUUGCAUGUUCCUAGAACGGGAGGGAGAACUUAUUUUCACUGUUUUUUGAAAAAGUUGUAUCCCAGCUAUCUCGAGUGUCCUCGCUCUUAUGAUAAGUUGCGCUUUGAUCCAAGUAAACCAAAAUGCAGGCUGUUAGUUACACACGAUGACUAUAGCAUAACAUCCAAACUUCCAAGGGAGAGAACUUCUGUUGUUACCAUACUUAGGGAUCCAGUUGAUCGUGUCUUCAGUACAUAUGAAUUUUCAAUCGAGGUUGCAGCUAGAUUUUUGGUGCAUCCAAACUUGACAUCUGCAACAAAUAUGGCUUUACGCCUAAGCUCUAAGACUAAAGGAGUAAGCACACUGGAUAUCUGGCCGUGGAAGUAUCUGGUUCCAUGGAUGAGGAAAGACCUAUUUGCUAGGAGAGAUGCUAGGUAUAGUGGGGGACAGAAUAUCAUUCAGAACAAUGAUUCUUAUGACAUGGAAGAUUUUGCAAUGCCAUUACAAGAAUACAUCAAUGAUCCUGUGGCUGUGGAUGUUGUACAUAAUGGAGCCACAUUCCAGGUUGCAGGUUUGACAAACAAUUCUUAUAUAGCAGAAGCACAUGAAGUGCGCCAUUGUGUACAGAAAUACAAGACUCUUGGUAAAUAUGUGCUACAAGUUGCAAAGAAGAGACUGGAUGACAUGUUAUACGUUGGUCUUACCGAGGAGCACAGAGAAUCCGCAACAAUGUUUGCAAAUGUAGUUGGUACUCAAGUGAUAUCACAACUUAAUGCACCAAACUCUAGCCUGGAAACAUCUGAUAAUACAGAAAGGAUCUCGGAUUCUGAUCCUGAUAGCAGUGACCAUGAGAAUAGCACUUUGAACAGGGGAGAAAGUGGGGUUAAUUCAAGUGAAGGGGGAGAAGCAACAGAAUCUAAUAUGACUGUUGGAGAACUAAUGGAUGCUUAUGAACUCUGUAUUGCCAAUUUACGAAAGGCCCAGUCACGCCGACGUAUCUCUUCUUUGAAGAGGAUUUCUCCAGUGAACUUUACAAAGGAGGCACGUCUUCAGGUUCCUGAAGAGGUUCGCCGUGAGAUACGAUCUCUUAAUGACCUCGACUUGCAGCUCUACGAAUAUGCGAGAUCCAUUUUCAAUAAACAGCAUAAAACCUCAUUGCUGAUUAAUGAGGAUAGUUGGGACAACGUGAACAGUGCCUAUGGCCUCUGGAGGGUCGUUACACUAGCAAUUUCUUUUCCAAUAGUGAUGGAUGGUUGGUUUUUUAGUGUUUCUUUUGGAGGUGUUGCAAGUAUGAAGGACUGGUUGUUUUUUGACAAGAAUUUCAAUGGUUUCUCGGACGAUAUUCUUGAUGUCAUGGACAUCGAGUGUUUGAACUUCCCCCUUGAUGAUGUGGAAACUGAUGAUGGUGUGGAACAAGAUUGGGAUGCUCAGUUCAAACUCCUUGAAGAGCCUUCGCUAGGAAUUUUUCCAGUACAAUCGUCUCAGCUCUUUGCUCAUGCUCAAAAUGAGAAUGUGAAGCUCGACACGAGUUUCUCUGCUUCUGUGAGUUUCCUGCCCUCACUUACGCUCCGUGAAUCGAUGCCUUUGACAUGUUUCCCUUUGCCUGAUUUUGGCUAUGUGAAACUGAGAUAUGAGUAUGCCAACUUUGAAGCAUACAUUUCGACUGUGGAUUACUGCAGUGAUGUUGUUCGGGAACUUUGUCAGAUUGAAAAAAAGAAACAUUGGCAAUUCAAGCCAAAAAAUAAGCAAGUGAUGUUGAGUGAGUGGGAUGGGGAGUUGGUUCCAUCCUCCUUAGGUUUUUUUCUCCAGGACAGUGACAAGAAGAGUAAAGCUAACUUGGUGGUGUUACCGAAGACUGCAGGACCUACACAUAACAAAACUAUUCCUAUCCAGAAAAUCUCUUUAAAUGGGAAAGAUUUGCUGCAAUUCCAAACCAACAGCCCAGUUUCUGUUUUUGAAAGAAGCGGUAGUUCUCCCUCGGUUGAGAACUCAAACUUUGAGUUACCUGUCAUCCCAACAAAGCGUCCCAGAAGCAAACGCAGGCCUCUGUCAAACAUCAGCCUGCUAUACUCUAUUCCUUUCAUCUUAACAUCACCAGCUUUUCAAGAAUGUCGAAGGACAGCUGUCUUCAAAUCAGAUAUAGAAACAAAACCAAGCAUGGUAAAAAAGCAGAGGAAAAAGGAUAUUCCCCUGCUAGCUAACAAAAUUGAGAUGAAGAGAUCCUCAUCAGAGGAAUCAGUUGCACUGAGAAAAUGCUUGCAUUGUGAGGUGACAGAGACACCGCAAUGGAGAGAGGGACCAAUGGGUCCUAAGACCCUAUGCAACGCUUGUGGAGUUCGGUACCGUUCUGGCAGGCUCUUUGCUGAAUACCGGCCUGCAGCUAGCCCCACUUUUGUAUCAUCAUUGCACUCUAACUCUCACAAGAAGGUCUUAGAAAUUAGGAACAGAGCCACCCAGCAUUGCCAUGAGAUGAAAGCACAUGCAUUCCAAAUCAUAAUCUACGUUAAUAGCCUUCCAUCCUCCAUGUCCAUGUGGGGCCCUCACCUUACGUAUGGCAUCGAUGGGAACGAGGAAGAAGAGGGCAUGAACAUGACCCCAUCUUUGUUUGACACACCUACCAUGGCAUAA